AUGUCGUCAGUCCUUUACAUAGUGGGAGGCGUCUUGGUGCUCCACGCCGCAUACUCGUCGAUGGAGUUCCAUUUGCUCGCCAAGUCGAUGCACCAAGAAUGCACCUUCACCACCGUGCCCUCCGACAUCAUCCACGAAACGGUAUACGGACUUGUGUUGAUCAUAUUGGGGGCCAUCCGGUCGGUGAGGAACGAGGUGGCAUACACUGUGGAGGGCAGUGAGUCCAGCGAGGGUGCAUUGAAGGGGAUCAACAUCAACGUGGCUGUGAAACAGGACCACGAGUAUCUCAGACCCAUUGAAAUGAAGCGAGCAGUGGCAGUCAGCGAAAGAAUCGGCUUAAACGAUUACGCAGAGUUCGAAAGCAGAGUGGACUUUGUUGAUCUUGUUGAGAAGAGAAAGGAGUUCAACCAAUGGAGUGAAGCUCAGUGA